AUGAAGCUGGCCAAGGACAUGACAACACGUCUCCCCCGUUGGGAGGAUAGAGGUUGGAUCGGAAUUGCCGGCAGCGCGGUGCUGAGAGCGCUGGUAAAUCACCUGCGACAGCGCGCGCCUUCGUCAACCGACGAGCUCACAGCUCGCAAUAACGCUCAUGACAUGGCCAAAAAACACUUUCAAGAAGAGCGGAUGCGCCCCGUUGACCUUAGUGUAAACCGCGCCUUUGAGCUGUCGGGAGCAAAGAUGACGACGCUCACACAGGCAAUUGCGUAUCGAGGGAUACGAGACAACCUCCGCAUCCAUGACCGGUCCCGCACCGCAACCCAGGUACAACGAACCAUUGUAAACGUCAAAGUGGGAGGAACGCGCGCAGCCACACCAGCUGAACUGUGGACAAGCAUCCGACAUAAAGACUUCCACAAGAAGAUCGUAGACUUCCUAUGGAAAUGCAUGCAUGAAGCCCAUAAAAUUGGGAGCUUCUGGUCCCACAUCCAAGGCUUCGAAUCACGGGCCGACUGCCCCACAUGUGGAUGCAGAGAGUCGAUGCAGCACAUCCAGGCGGGAUGCACCGCCCGGGGCCAAAGCAUAAUAUGGACACUCACCAAGAAUAUAUGGAGCCGACGAUCCAAAGACUGGCGGCAGCCAACACUGGACGACAUCCUGGCCGCGGGGCUAGGUCAAUACCCGCGCAACGUUAAGACGAAGCCUAGAGAAUCCCUCUCCCGGCUAUGGAGAAUACUGGUAUCCGAAGCGGCGUACCUUAUCUGGAAGUUACGCUGCGAGAGAGUGAUUGAACACGGGGACGACCCGGGAUGGCAACAUUCAUCUGCCGCCGUGGUUCGGCGAUGGUAUGCCUCCAUCAACAGGAGGCUACAGCUUGAUCUGGUCGCCACCAGAAGAAGCUUUGGCGGCCUGGCCACCUCCCGGAUACUUGUCUGGUCCACCUGGACUGCGACUAUCGGAGAUGAGCUCGGCCUCCCGGAAGACUGGACCGUUGUCCCGAGGGUUUUAGUGGGUAUUGACCCGGAAGUCUGUCGGAUCGAUGACGAUCACGGGUAA